AUGGCCGACACGGCGGCCACUGCCGGGGCCGGCGGCUCCGGAACGAGAUCAGGAAGUAAACAAUCUACUAACCCUGCUGAUAACUACCAUCUGGCUCGGAGGCGAACCCUGCAAGUGGUUGUGAGCUCUUUGCUGACAGAGGCAGGGUUUGAGAGCGCUGAGAAAGCAUCUGUGGAAACAUUGACAGAGAUGCUGCAGAGCUACAUUUCAGAAAUUGGGAGGAGUGCCAAGUCUUACUGUGAGCACACAGCCAGGACCCAGCCCACACUCUCAGAUAUUGUGGUCACACUUGUUGAGAUGGGUUUCAAUGUGGACACUCUCCCUGCUUAUGCAAAACGGUCUCAGAGGAUGGUCAUCACUGCCCCUCCAGUGACCAAUCAGCCAGUAACCCCCAAGGCCCUCACGGCAGGACAGAACCGACCCCACCCGCCGCACAUCCCUAGCCAUUUUCCUGAGUUCCCCGACCCCCACACCUACAUCAAAACUCCGACGUACCGCGAGCCUGUGUCAGACUACCAGGUCCUGCGGGAGAAGGCUGCAUCCCAGAGACGAGACGUGGAGCGCGCACUCACCCGCUUCAUGGCCAAGACAGGCGAGACCCAGAGUCUCUUCAAAGAUGACGUCAGCACAUUCCCACUGAUUGCUGCCAGACCUUUCACCAUCCCCUACCUGACAGCUCUUCUGCCGUCUGAGCUGGAGAUGCAGCAAAUGGAGGAGACGGAUUCCUCGGAGCAGGAUGAGCAGACGGACACCGAGAACCUCCCUCUUCAUAUCAGCACGGAUGAUUCUGGAGCCGAGAAGGAGAACACCUCUGUCCUGCAGCAGAACCCCUCCUUGUCGGGGAGCCGGAACGGGGAGGAGAACAUCAUUGAUAACCCCUAUCUGCGACCCGUGAAGAAACCCAAGAUCCGCAGGAAGAAGUCCCUCUCGUGAGCUGAGAAGGAAGCCUGCCUUGUACAGGGACAUGGACACCACGCUCCUUGGGGAGUUACAGCCACUCAAGGGAAGAAGAGAGGGUGGCCUCCUCGUGGUCGUGCUGAGGCUGCCAGGGUGCAACCGGGCAUGAUUUUAACAGCAAACUCCAUAUGAAGAUUACCUGUUUCCACUGGAUGUUUGGGUUGAGGAAGAUGUGAUGGUAAUAACGAGGCUUUCUUAAUCAACCAGGCCAUACUAUGGGGUGUAGGAGCAGCUGGUGACUUCAUCUACUAUCACAGGACUUGAUUCCUUGGAAACCUAGAAGACCAGAGAAGGUGGUAGAAAGAAAGGAUUCGGUGCCUGCUUUGCUUACUGCCAGAAAGACUGUUUGCCUGGUUUUUUUUUUUCAGGAUAUCUAGACCCCUUUUAUUGACUCGGAAAUAAUUUGUGGCACCAAUUUAUCAUCCUAGAACCUCAUUCUUAUUUCUCUCCUCACGUGGGCUCCAUGUGCCCUGUUGAGCUGAUGGAAGGUGGCUUUGCCCUCCCUCAUCACGUUGGAAACAGGAGGCCCACACAUCGCAGCCUGGACCUGGGGCUGGCAGGGUCAGGAGGCGGGAGCAGAGACGUUAGUGUGGAGGAGAAUGACGUAUAAGGGCAGCACUGCUUCUCUCGUCAGCAUUCAAUGACAGCUCCCUAAAGCAGGAACACUCUCCUGAGAGAUUUGUCACUUCUUGUCCCUUGGUGGAAUGUGUGCUGGGGAUCCACCAAGUCCUGCCCCUCAUGGGAAAAGAGGCUUUCUCUGACAAGAACCUGGAUCAGUGGAUAUAUUAUGCUGCGACUUUAUAGAGGAAUCAUUGAUUUUAAACAACAGGAAAAGAAUUUGAUGGGGUGGUGGGGGGAUGAGAUUUUGAGAGCUGGGCUUGGCCUUGUAUUCUGAAAGCUGAGACCUGACCAGUCUACUGGAAGGCUGGCAUAGAGGGAAGGCUCUGUUCUCACCCUAUGGUGGAAGUGGGCUGAGAGGAACCUGCAGGCAAGCCAAGGUGUCUUCCAGAAGCAGGUCUGAAUCUGUUCAGCCUCUUUGCCUCCUGGAGAAAGAAGACUUCAUCCUUGAUGUACCCUACAAACCAAAAAACAAGUGUUUAAGGAAGAUGCGGGCAGAGCAAGCUGAUACACUUUGGCUGGUCUCCAAAGGAAGAGAUUUUAAAACCAAGUCCAAGGAAGAGACAUGCCAGCAAUACCUGGAGGUUAACACAGGAUAAACAGGGAGUUCCUCAGGUUAGCAUCCUAAGGUCCAUAUUGAACCUCCUUAUACUCGGCCUCCACAGUCAUUUCCUAAUCUUCCAUCUUGGUGAAUUUGAAAACUCGAAAAACUUGGUGACUAGACAGGAGGCUCCACGUUUCUCUGGCCUCACUGUUCUCUAGGGCUCACCGCCUGAAAGGAAGGAGCUGCCUGUCAGUAACUGAAGAGGGGAUGCUAGUGAGAUAAUUGUAUUCCCCAACUCUUCACCAAAUAAGAGUUGUUCAGGUUGGUAGUGACCUGAAACUCGUCCAGUUGAAAGCAGUCAGAUUGAGCCUGUGCUGACCCCUCGAGAGUUUGCAAUUUGGCUCUUGGUGAUUGUUGGCCUGUUGAGUUUAAAUACAGUCCCAGGUUUGAGCCAUGGCAGAUGCAGGACUGAAACCUUCCCGGCUUGCUGUUCACACUGCUCUCGGGAGCAGCCAUCCCAGUCAGCAUCUCUGCAGGUCCUCUUUUUUUUUUUUUUUUUUUUCUUCGUGGGGAAGAUUAGCCCUGAGCUAACAUCUGUUGCCAAUCCUCCUCUUUUUUGCUGAGGAAGACUGGCCCUGGCCUAACAUCCGUGCCCAUCUUCCUCUACUUUAUAUGUGGGACGCCUGCCACAGCAUGGCUUGAUAAGCAGUGCGUAGGUCCACGCCGGGACCUGAGAACCCGGGCCGCCAAAGCAGAGCACGCGAACUUAACCACUAUGCCACCGGGCCAGCCCCCUCUGUAGGUCGUCUUUGGCCAUUACCAUCCAAAGUGAACACCUGUUGGAUGCUGUCAUGCUAAAGGAUGAGGUGGCGUUUGGAAAAGAGUCGCCAUUUCUGCUGUUGAGAUUUCAGAGGCUGUACUGCUGUCAUUCUGUUCUGGAUGAGAGACACUGAAACAUUGACCCAACUGUUGUUGUUGUGUACAAACCGCAUAAGUCUCAAUGUAUAUUUAUAAAUUUUUAUUUUUUAUAACUUUGGGGGAAUUCUUGGAAAAAGUAGUAAACAGAGCCAGAUUAAAAAUGUGAUUUAUGAGCUCUUAAUAAAAGGUCAUAAUAAAAGCUUUGUAAAUGAAACAGAA